AUGGCAGUGACGGUCUUACGCUCGCUCUCUGCGCUUGUCUCGCUCGCUGCUCUGGUCGGGCAUGUAGCUGGACAGAGCGUCGCUACUACCGUCACGUAUCUCCCGGCAGCUACCCCUGCGCCGGGAGUAGAGCCUUUCGCGUUUGACAUCAACACCGGUGCUGAACUCCAGGUGCAAGUAUCGGGCAUGGAUGCAUCCGAGCUCGAAUACACGACUGAGAACGGAGCCCCCUACAUCAACCCAUAUGACGCCUGGAAAAUCGGCUCGGAUGGUCCUCUCUUGCUUGAGGAUUAUCAUUUGACUGAGCUUCUUUCGUCUUUUGGACGUGGAGCGCACGGUUAUUUCGAGGUCACCAAUGCCGAAUUCUGUCAAAAAUACACUAUGAUGGACAUGCUGAGUCAGGAUGGCCUGCGUACCCCGGUCACCGUCCGUAUCAGCACGGUUAGUGGCGAGACUGGCUCGUCGGAUGAGCUCCGGGACCCUAGAGGUUUCGCCAUCAAGCUCAGAACCCGUAAGGGGAUAUUGGACUGGGUCUUCAACAACACGCCCGUCUUCUUCAUGCGAGACCCAGCUAAAUUCGCGUACUUCAUUCACACUCAAAAACGGAAUCCUCAGACGAACUUGAGGGACAAAGACCUCUUCUGGGAUUAUCUCAGCGCCAACCCUGAGUCGCUGCACCAGGUUCUGAUUCUAUUCUCAGACAGAGGAACACCGUAUGGAUUCAGACACAUGAAUGCUUGGAGUGGUCAUGCCUAUCGAUGGAUGAAAGCAGAUGGAUCUUGGAACUAUGUCAAGAUUUACUUGGAGACUAUGCAAGGGGUCCGUAACUUCACGAACGCAGAAGCCACAUACAUUCAAGGUGUCAACCCUGACUUCGCCACGCAAGACCUGUUUAGUGCGAUUGCCAACGGCUCAUCCCCAGGAUGGACUGUCUAUGCGCAAGUUAUGUCCCCUCAGGAAGCUGAGAACUACACCUAUAAUGUUCUGGAUCUUACCAAGGCUUGGCGCGAUGUUCCCUACACCGAAAUCGGCAAGAUGUACCUCACCCAGAACCCAACAAACUAUUUCGCCGAGAUAGAACAAGUUGCAUUCUCGCCUUCACGACAAGUAGAUGGCUGGGCAGUGUCUGCAGAUCCUAUGCUACAAGCGCGCGUUUACGCCUACCCAGACACGCAACGAUACCGACUGGGCACCAAUUACAUGCAAAUUCCUGUCAAUGCGCCGACCGUUCCUGUUGCCAACUUCGAGCGAGCGGGUUCAAUGAACACCAACGGAAACCAGGGCAACAGGCCGAACUACAUGUCGACUUUGGACAGGAUCAUGCUUUAUAACCGCACAUGGACUCUUGAUUCACACCAGCAAUGGACGGGCGGCGCUGUACAAUCUUUGGCUGCAAUGACUGAGAUUGACUUUGCCCAGCCACGGCUGUUUUGGAACGAGCUCUCCGAGUCCGACCAGCAGAAUUUGAUCAGCAAUGUCAUUGGCCAUCUUGGAGAGGUCAUCAGCUUGGAGGUUCGCGAGCGCCAAGUAGCCGUGUUCGCACACGCCAAUUACACUCUCGGCAAGGCCAUUGCAGACGGUGUUGGUGUCACCAACAUUCGCAACCUCACCUUCGAAUAUGGCCCGACGUGGUACAACCACACCGUCUACAGCGACAACAGCACCAUAGGCUUCAUCUAA